AUGGUUGCGCCCGCUGUCCCCGAGAUCCAUGAGGAGGAGGAUCUCUAUGUUGCGGUCGAUGCGCGAACAGAGUCGUUACAGAGCUUGCGGGAAUUAGGUCCCCCAGACCUAGUGUAUCUGGUCAAGCAACACAAAACCAGUGGAACCCGACAGACCGGCGUGUACCACCAUGUCACCGGAAUCGACGCUUCAUCCUCGGCCAGUUUGGCAGCCUACGUGAACACAUUGACCUUCUCGCCCCUCGACAAAACACACAAGGUGGUUUCAGGAAUCUACUGUUGCUACAACGCCUUUUCGCAUCUCGACAUGCGGGUCGAAGUCAAGAUCCCCGGAAGCUUGGAGAGCUACUGCAUUGACGAGCGCGGUGACAAGCGUGUGGCGACAGAGGCACUUUGGCUGGAAACUUUCCUCUGUGCUGUCCUUCGCGCCUACUUGUAUGCCGAUGAUGGAAGUGGAGAUGCGAUCAAGAAGAUUGUGGGAGUGCGGCGGUUCAAUCCGGUCACAAACACGGAGAUGGAACACAAAUUCUUGGAGGCGGCAGAGAAACUAUUCUUUAUGGGUAAGUUGGCCAUUCUCUAUUCACCAAGUCUAGCUGACAAGCCUCCAGGACGGCAAUUGAGCUCCGAUCCCGAAACCCAAGUCCCGAACACCGUGAGCAACCACUUGACCUCGGGUCUCCUAAAAUAUAUCCACACAACUGGACGCUACACAUCUGGGAUCAACCUGUUCGAGAAGCUCCGGACUCGGGAUGUGGAGGUGUCGUCACUUCUGGCGAAGGUUCAGAUGAUGGCAGACGAGGAAGUACAAGCUGUGCGGUUGAUGUAUGACGCUCUGCAAGAUGUGCCGAUGGACUACGCUCUGCUUGAUGAGCAGGCCUCGUUCUGCCAAAGCAAAGGAGAAGGCGAGAUGGCCUUGGAAUGCGCCAAGCGAGCUGUCACUGCUGCGCCGAGCGAGUUCACUACCUGGGCUCGUUUGGCAGAAGUCUACGUCAGUCUGGAGCAGUGGGACCUUGCACUUUUGACUCUCAAUUCCUGCCCCAUGUUCACAUAUCAGGACAAGGAUACCCCGCGUAUGCCACAGCCGUCUCGCAUCAUGCUUCCGAUCCUCGCGGAGAGUAUUCUGGAUGAAAUUGACGAAGGCCAGCCGAAGCAGGGUGACCCCCAUGACUAUGUCCACCCAUCUCUCCGGAAAUUGCACGCAGCCGGCUAUCAAGGCACGUUCCUCAAGGCCUACAAUCUGCUGACCAAGGUCGCUGCCGCAAUUGGUUGGGAUCAACUGCUCAAGGUCCGUAGCGAAGUUUUUGUGAUGGAAGAGGAGUAUCGUGUUGAGCGGAAGCAUGUCCCCAAACCUGCCGAGACGCUAGAUGCGGAGACGAAUGGCGACGGCGCUGAAAAGGAUGAGGAAGAAGAAGACACCGGCUCUGUGUCUGGUCCCGGGCCCGCUCAGGAGCCUGCCGAGGAAACUCCCAGCGGCAACGGGGAAAGAAACCAGCCCGAGACGUCAAUCGAGCGACCCGAGCAAACGGUGGCAUCCGAAGUCGUCAAGUCUGGCAACGACGAUCCGGUUGGCGACCCAUCACACGAGACGUACUCGCAGUUCCGCAACAAGCGCCUGUGCGAGCGUUGGCUGGACAACCUGUUCAUGGUUCUCUACGAAGACCUUCGCAUCUACACCAUCUGGCGGACGGAGAUGGCCCAGUUCCGGCAACAGGCAAUGGAAUACAAGAAGUCGGCGACGGAGUGGGAGAUUCUUGGCGAGCUUGCGGAGCGCCUGGACCACUUUGACGAAAGCAUCGAAGCCUAUCAGAACUGUCUUGCCAUCCGGUUCUCUCCAAAAGCGAUGCGCGGGCUGCUGAAGCUGUACGAGCAGCAGAACGACACGCGUGGGAUGCUGGGUGCUUUGAUUCGUCUGAUUGCCUGGCAGUAUCGGUGGUACUCCGAGUUCUCGCCUGAGCUCUUGUUCAUGGUCCGCAAACUCAUCGAGGAUGAAGGCGCCGUCAAGGUCCGAAGCAUUGUCCAGGCUACCAACCUGCCGCAGCCUGUUCUGGACCUCACGCAUCAGUACUGUCAGCUCUGUGCCAUGUUCCGCAGCAGCGGUAGCGAUGCUUGA